CCAGCCCAAGCUUCGUCUGCCCCCGCGCUGGUGCCUGGUCCAGCGCCGCCUUGUGAGAGGGCUUUUCCUCAUCUCCGACCUAGACCUGCCCAGCGGCCCCUGGGGACCAUUGCUCCUGCCAGCAUCUGCCACCCCGCCGGCGGCGGUCUGCUCGUGCUCUCCCCUGGGUGGAUAAAGCAGCAUUUACAAUUUUAUCUCUGCUUGGUCUUUGGGAAUAGCUGGUGGCAAGCCAGAGUGUUGAACUGUGCCUCCAUCUAGCUGUUCGCUGCCUGACUACCUUACGCAGCGCAAUCAGGGGAAGAGAAACACUCUGAUUAUGGCACCUUCAGGAAGAAAACAUCCUGGGAAAUCUGGUAAACCAGUUCAGGAAGAUCAAGCUAUAUGUACCUAUGACUUCCAGGAAGAAAAGAAAGAUCUGAGUGGAUCAGAGGAAGAUAGGGAAGGCGAGACUCCAGUAAUUGAUAAACAUGGGAAAAAAAGACCUUCAGUGAUGCCUCACAAUGUGACUGAAGAUGAUGUGGGGGGUGAAGUACAGAAUAUGUUGGAACGGUUUGGAGCUGAUAUUAACAAGGCUCUCCAGGCUAAAAAGAAGAGACUAGAAAUGUAUACUAAGGCUUCUCUCAAAACCAGCAACCAGAAAAUUGAACAUGUUUGGAAAACACAGCAGGAACAAAGACAGAAGCUGAACCAUGAGUAUUCUCAGCAGUUCCUGACCUUAUUUCAGCAAUGGGAUGUGGAUAUGCAGAAAGGAGAGGAACAGGAAGAAAAACUAGCGAAUAUGUUCCGUCAGCAACAAAAGGUUUUCCAACAGGCGAGAAUAGUUCAGAGUCAGAGACUGAAAACAAUUAAACAGCUGUAUGAUCAGUUCUUAAAGAGCAUGGAAGAUAUGGAAAAGAAUAAUGAAAAUCUUCUAGCUGGUGCACAAAGUGAACUUCGUAAGGAAAUGGCUAUGUUGCAAAAGAAAAUUAUGAUGGACACUCAACAACAAGAGAUGGCAACUGUUCGGAAGUCUCUUCAGUCCAUGUUAUUCUGAUGGUUCAUUGAACAACUUGUACCUAAGUAACAUGAUAUAAUUAUAACAGUUAGCUUUAGCUAUAGAAAAAUAAGCCUACUGCUUUAAAAUUCUGUUUCCUAAAUGUUCAUAUUAAUCAAACCAUGGCAUGAAUUCUUUCAAGUACUUCCUGUUCAAUAACUGCUAGUGAAAUUGAUAAAGCUAAGCCUAUCAGACUAUAAAAGUAGAUUCUUCACUCUAAUUUCCUUUUUCAAGUUUACUUGAAUUGUCCUUAGUUUUUUAAUUUAGCAUUUGAAGUGGACUGUCCAAAAGGUGAUGUUAUAACACAUGAUAUGUGAUUCUGAAUCUGAACUGUAAGUAGGCGGCGUUAAUGCUAAAUGGAACAAAAUUCCACCAACACAUAGCUAGGGCCCUACUGAAUUCACGGCAGAAGUAGGCUGCACUGCAGCUCCUUUAAUUUUGCAAGUCAAUCCUGACUGGCGGUGAAGUAAAAUCCACCAUUUUAAAUAUGGCACCAUUUUUACCUCCCUGCUGCCGAUUCGCCAAGGGGCCCCAGGUGGCCCCGCUGCUUGCUGCUGACUAGCAGGGAAGCAAAAACAGCACCGUGUUUAAAACCAAGUUUUGCUUCCCCACCAAAUUGAGAGCAAGCCACAAGUGGGGCCCCUCCACCAAUCAGCAGCUGGGGGGAGGGGCACAGCAGAGAAACCUGCUGAAUUAAAGAAGCCUCAGCACAGCCCACUUCCACCAUGAAUUCAGUAGGGCCCUACAUAUAGCACCACAAGAUUAAAGGUGCACCCUGGAAAUCUGCUGUUAAGCAAAAUGUUAAGUCCGAAAAAUAUUUGUUUGUGAACUAAAGAAACCAUAACAAUCAUCAUAGGCUUAUAUGUACAUUUUUUGUAGGUUUAGCCCAGUAUCAUACCAGAAGUUUUAGGUAUUUGUGAUGCACAAGAAUUAAGUUUAGUUGCUGCUGUAAGUAAGUUUUGUUUAGUUUUCUUCCAUUCCAGGAUGUGGUUUUAUUAAACAUUAGGAACCUUAUUGUAAACUUUACCAUGCUACAAGAACAAAUUUGUCAAAGCAUGUUACUUGAAUUUAAAAAAGGUAUUCCAGCUUUACAGAGUAACUAAUGUAAUUAGUUUAAAUAAACAUCAUUUUAUAAUUAACAACAGAUAUGCAGCAAUUCAAUAAAUACCACACAUUUAAAAGUU